CGAGAGUGGAGGGCAGUGAUGGCGUCGUUCGAAUUUUGUUCGCGGGUUCCUUACUUCUUCUGCGUCGCCUUGGAUUCACCGAAACGCGACAGGAGGGAGUGUAGUGCGUCACAAGGAGGGAGGUGGGUUCUGCCACUUGGCCUGGCCGCCAAGUGCUCGAAGGGUGAUGAAUUGAACAGGCAGUUUCCACUGCCGCUAGUCCUAUGACGACGAGCCUGGAUCUCGAUUAAGAAAGAAACUUACCAACAAAUUACCAGCUGCCUUGGACAAAAUGCUCCCUUCCCCCAUCAGAAUCAUCACGAACAAAGCUUCCCUUCCCACAUGGCGGCCACUAUCGCUUGAAACUGCUGCUUUUCAUCCGCGCAGCUGGUGUCCUUCCCGAACUUUUAAGAGAAAAGUACACAUGCACUGUGAGACGCUCUUGUACUCGCGCGCGCGUAUUCCCAGAGCGAGAGAGAGGGAGAGAGGGGAGAGCUAGAGAUGUAUACAUAUACAGAGUGGGUUUCAGAAUUCAAGUGCAUGGCGGUUGGUAGUUGAUCUAGAGCUUAUCAGGGUUUCGUUUUUUUCUCCUUACAUUUUUGUGGAUCAGUUGGAGGAGCGAGCGCGUUUUUUUGGUUGAUUACCUUGAUUCAACUUCGUGGGUUUAGUGGAUUCGUUUAGUGGUUCGUGACCAUCGACCGCGCAUCUCUCCAGAGUCGGGGGUGGUGGUGUCUCUGGUUUUGGUUGCUUGUGAUCAUGUGUUGAUCUGGUGGGAGUUGAUGUGCAUGCAUGGAGCUGAAAGAGGUUCUGAAGCUUGAUUGUGUUAUGAAAUGCCGGUUCCGACCAUCCUCAGGUAGACCGACUGUCUGCACAUAAAUUUUUGUGGAACUUGGUAGAGGGUCAGACUCUUUCUGGUGGUUCUUGAGGCUCAACCUCCAGCGAUCCGACCAAUCUUUUCAGUUGGAUGUACUGCGAUGACAUUUUCGCAAAUUACUGGGAAACUCUGUUCGGCUGCUCUUUGAGCAGAUCUUCAUGCUAGAGAUCGACCUUAUUUGAAGCCUGUGUCGAAGCCUUGUCUGAUAACUCGCUGGACGCCGCAAAACACCAGUCGUUUUGUAGCCAAGUGAUUUCUACAUGCGCAAUGCAACCUCCGUAAGUCAGCCUCAAAACCAUCGUAACGGUGGGGAGAGCAUUGGAAGUGAUGUCACAUCCUUGCGAGCUGACAGAGAUUGUGACUUAGCCAGAUGACUGUGUGGCUUGAUUUGUGAUACAGCUCUGGAGAAACCAGAAAUGUCCCUAUUGCUGGAAUCGGUCGUCUUCACGUGGUAUAUAGCUGGUUCCAUAAUUAAGACGAGAGGUGUCAUUCUUGCGUAGCAGAAUCGAUCCGGGGAAUUUCGUUUGGAGUUGUAAACAAAAUCAUGGCCAGUUCCCGGUGGGCGUUUUCGCAGAGCAGCAACAACCUCUCGUUCAAAUCAUCUGUAGCGGCGCAAGCAGACUUCUGGUUCGACGCGAGCUUGCUCUACGUCCGCGUCACCAACUGCCAGCUGACAGGAGAUUGCACACUUCCUGAGGUUCUAAACGUACACUUUCCCCCACGGGAAAUCGCCACCUGCAUGGAGGUCAAUGGCGGGCGCAUUCCCCCAUCGGAGGAGGUCUCCCUUGUCCUCCGUCGAAACCGCAUCGAAUCCGAGACGGCGGACGCUUUCAUGUAUGUCAGCACAGACAACCUCCGCAUGAGCUCCACGCUUCACUUUCAAAUCCUGGAUCAAGACACACUUCUCGUCUCCGGCAUUCUGGAAAAGCUAGCGUAUUCCCCAAGGCCAGCUGCUGCGACACCGGCUGUACCCACGAGGAAUGAUCUGGGAUGGAUCAUGGCCACCACUUGUGAGAUUGGAUCGCUAGGAUGCGCCUUCGUCAAGGCGAAGUAUGAGCUCUUCAAGCACGGCCUGUGCAUAAACUUUCCCAACACCAACACAGCCAUGGAAAUUUGUGUAGUGGGGAGGUUUAAGAGUGAGCCUGUAAUCUUGACGCAGACCUUGAUGCUUACUGUCAAGCGACGAUCCGCCUCUUUCUGCACCCUCAAUGCUAUCCCCGAGGACAACGAAGAUGAUAAAGAAAGUUGCCAAAUGUACGCAACGGCGAUGGUCUCGAACGAUUUCCUGGACGAGGGUGGUGAGUCUUUCUUCGGCAUGUCCAGGAGUCAGGCCGAUAGUCAGAAGGAGUUGGCAGCUGGAGAUUACGUGAGCAAAAUGCUCACGCUCGACAGUAGUUUGUACCUUCCAGACGUGGUGGAUCAGGAAGAAACAUGGUACAACAAAGGCAUUUCCAGGGGCAUCAAAUUGGGAUUCGGAAUUGGGAUAGGUAUGUGCGUUGGGCUGGGAAUUGGAUUGGGUUUGAUCAUUCGUAAGUUUCGUGUCACAACAAAGGAGCUGUACAGAAUCACAGUGUAACCAGGUAGACUCCUUUUGAAAAGCUGCAGUACCCACAAUUAGAUGCAUCCACAAGGCUAGGGCUUCGAAGAAAUGAGAGACCUCGGAGGUGAUCGCUACGGCAGAAGUCUUUCGAUUCUUGGCAGCAUCACGUACAUAGAUUUGUAUAAUAGGGAGUGUGAUAUUCAAGCAGGGUGACUUGAAGAUUAUGAUCGAGUCAUUCUGCAAUGCAGCCUGCGUAUUGCCAAUCAAGAGUAAACAACUACAGCCAAAACGAUUCUGAGGA